CCAUAGGCAGCACAAAGGAGGCCCAUCCAAUAUGGCGGAAACGCUGUAAAUGACGUAUGUAAGUCCAGAAGAAGAAGAAGCAGCCCUCCACCAAAGUAGAAGAACCUGACGAAGAAGAAGACACGACACAAGGCAGAAGAUGGAAAUGGCGGCGCCAGCAGAAAGGAUGGAGGGGGAGAGCUCAGUCAAGCCUGCAGCUGAAGACAUGACAUCAAAGGACUACUACUUCGACUCUUACGCCCACUUUGGAAUCCACGAGGAGAUGCUGAAAGAUGAAGUUCGCACUUUGACCUAUCGCAACUCCAUGUUCCACAACAAACACCUUUUUAAGGACAAGGUGGUUCUGGACGUGGGCAGCGGGACGGGCAUCCUGUGCAUGUUUGCUGCCAAAGCGGGGGCCAAAAAGGUUAUUGGGAUCGAGUGCAGCAGCAUCUCCGACUAUGCUGUGAAGAUAGUGAAGGCCAACAACCUGGAUGAUGUUGUGACCAUCAUCAAAGGGAAGGUGGAGGAGGUGGAGCUUCCAGUGGACGGCGUGGACAUCAUCAUCUCCGAGUGGAUGGGCUACUGUCUGUUCUAUGAGUCCAUGCUCAAUACAGUCAUCUAUGCCAGGGACAAAUGGCUGAAACCAGAUGGACUCAUUUUCCCAGACAGAGCUACUCUGUAUGUCACUGCCAUAGAAGACCGACAGUACAAGGAUUACAAGAUCCACUGGUGGGAGAACGUUUAUGGCUUCGACAUGUCGUGCAUCAAGGAGGUGGCCAUAAAAGAGCCGCUGGUUGAUGUGGUGGAUCCAAAGCAGCUGGUCACCAACUCCUGUCUCAUCAGGGAGGUGGACAUCUACACGGUGAAGGUGGAGGACCUGACCUUCACCUCACCCUUCUGCCUGCAGGUGAAGAGGAACGACUACAUCCACGCUCUGGUCACCUACUUCAACAUCGAAUUCACCCGCUGUCACAAGAAGAUCGGCUUCUCCACCAGCCCAGAGUCUCCCUACACCCACUGGAAGCAGACUGUUUUCUACCUGGAUGAUUACCUGACGGUGAAGACUGGAGAGGAGAUCUUUGGCACCAUCAGCAUGAAGCCAAACGCCAAGAACAACAGAGACCUGGACUUUGCCGUUGACGUGGACUUCAGGGGUCAGCUGUGCGAGAUGUCAAAGACGUUGGAGUACCGGAUGCGCUAGAAGCCCCGCCCCUUCUUGUGUUAGUGUUCAGUAGCGGACAGCUUGUAUGAUUUAACUGGGAGUGUGUACAUUAGUUAACCGCUCCCCUGAAGCAACAUUUUAAAGACAUGUUUUUCACCAUUUCCUUCUCUAACUUUAACAGUAUUUAAAACAUUUCCAGUUUUGAGUUGAUUCCUUGUGCGGUAUCUCAGACAAGCCCGGUGCCUCUCGCCGGGCUUUGUGGUCCAAGUGUCAGAGCAGAGUCUUGGUGUUAUCAACGGUCUACUUAGUUCAGCUACUGGUCUGCUAAAGCCCAGUGUCCUCCUGCAGCAGAAAAGCCGUCCACAAGCCAGCAGCUGCAGGUCGACAUGGACAUACAAGAACGGUUCCAGGUAGAACCUGCAGGGAAAAGGAAGUCAUGAGAACUGAGACACGCGUUCUAGCUCACUCAGAAUCUGCAUAGUGUGGAUCUAGGACGUGGAACCGGAGACCUGCAGGAAGUGAUGUCCUAAUCUAACCCAACCUGGGGGUCCCUACGCAGCGUGUCUGCAGACGCCAUCAGUUGCAUUCAGCAGAAAUAGUUCUGACUCAUCACUUUGUUUUUUAUUUUGUACUGUUUUUGGCUGCUCCUAUUUUUAAAAUAAAACUUUUCUCCAUC